UAAAAUAUCAAUAUCAAAACUCUCAUUUUAGACAUUUUGAGUUUUGAGUCUCACUCCUCUCUUCUCUUUCCCCCGGUGGCGAUCAUGGAUGCAAUGAUGGGCACACUCCAAGAUCAAAACCAAGCAGCAUCGCAACAACAACAGCCUCCGCAACAACCGCCGCAACCGGCGAAGGUGGUGGAGAAGCUAAACUCAGCAGUACAACAACAGCUCAAUUUAGAGUCUGUCAAAACUCGUGCCAUUAGUCUCUUCAAAGCCAUCUCUCGCAUUCUCGAAGAUUUUGACGUCUUGUCUCGCUCCAAUGCCCUCCCUAAAUGGCAGGAUGUUGUUGGUCAAUUUUCAAUGGUGAAUCUCGAGUUGUUCAAUAUCGUGGAAGACAUCAAGAAGGUAUCAAAAGCUUUUGUGGUCCAUCCCAGGAAUGUUAAUGCCGAGAAUGCCACAGUACUCCCUGUCAUGCUGUCGUCCAAGCUCUUGCCUGAGAUGGAAGUGGAUGACAAUUCUAAGAGGGAGCAGUUGCUUCUUGGCAUGCAAAAUCUGCCUAUACCCACACAAAUUGAUAAGCUUAAGGGUAGAAUUGACAUGAUUGCUGCAGCUUGUGAAAGUGCUGAAAAAGUUAUAGCUGAUACCCGCAAAGCCUAUGGUUUGGAUACCCGUCAGAGGAUGAGCACUGUCCCAACUUUGGACAAGGCCUUUUCUGCUAAAAUUCAAGAAAAGGAAAAUUUACUCCGGGCUGCUGUCAAUCAUGGUGAAGGAUUAAGGCUGCCUGCAGACCAGAGGCAUGCUACUUCUCCACUUCCCUCACAUCUUGUUGACGUGCUCACUGUUGUUGAUGGGACACAGACUUAUGGUGAUGGAUCUGGCAUGUACUCAAAGAGUACUCCUCCUAUGCUAUCCAGUAGUCACAGCAAUCAGGGAACUCCAAUGCAGGCUUCUGGUGGACAACAUCUUGGAAGAUCAGUGCCUUCACCUUCUACUGGCACAGUACCAUCUUCGUUUGAGAAUACAGCAUCCCCAAUGCAGUAUGCAAACUCGCCAAGAUCUGGUACAAACAUGAUGAAUGCACCUUCUCCCCAGCAGCAAACACUUCAACAACAACAUCAGCUGCAACAGAGAAAAAUGAUGCAGCUUCCUUCUCAGCAGCAGCAACUUCUUGCUCAGCAGCAGCAGCAAUAUAGAAACUCUGCCAUGCAGGGUUUGGCUCAGAACCAAUUACCACAACCACAUGAUAUGCAGACUCAGGCACAGCAGAAGUUUCCUUCGCUGCAAGGACAGAACCAGAUGCAAUUUUCUCAACAAUCAGCGAGUCAGCAAUAUCAAGGUAGGCAGCUGCCCACUGGACAUAUUGGACAAACCCAACUGAACCAAGGAACCCAGCUCAACCGUCAUAUUGGCCAAUUUUCUGGAGCUGCUAAUACAGCAUUGUUCAAUGCUGCUCAGAAUUCACCUAAUGCUCCUGUGUUUGCAUUACCUGGUGGAAACACUCAAAGGACUCAUCCUUCCCAGAUGCUUAGUGAUCAGAUGUUCAAUAUUGGAGCAAAUCCAGCCAGUAUGAUGAGUUUACCCCAGCAGCAGCAAGUCCCUCAAGCUGCUUUUGGAAGCAUGUCGCAGAAUUCUCAAAAUCUCCAGUCUAAUAUGGUACCUCUCCAAAAUGCAUCUCAGAAUCUCCAAAAUUUUCAACAGCAAAGACAACAGAAUCAGCAGUGAUUCUGUCAAAAUUUUGUUUUCAAGAUAUUUAAUGACGGGGAUUGUAAUUUAAUGUGUAGCCGUUGUAAAUGUGAAUAUGGGAUUGUAGUUCAUAGAAAGUGAUCACCACUACCAGGUUGAAUUUGUACCAUUGCUUAUCUGAGGGAUAUUGUAGCCGCUGUAAAUGUGAUGGUUGAUUCUAUUUAUAAAAGUAAGUUAAAGCCAUUUUGGAGUUGCACCAUUGCAUUUCUUUGGCGAUGAGUAUUCCCCUAGUAAUGGAUGAAUAAAAGUAAGUUAUUGAUGGUUGUCACAGAAU